AAUUGAACUUUAAAUUUAGUUGAAAAUGGUAAAAUAUAUAUUGUAAUAUAAUCAGUCCAUUUUUGAAAAAGAAAUAUCAAACCUGUAUUUCAGUUGUUCCAAUGUGAGGAGUUGGUGCUUUAUUCAACACAGUAUUUAUAUUGAUAACUGAUCUGGGAGAAGUAUUUCUACACUGUGGUAUAAGUAACCAGAGUAGUAACUUCAGUACUUUCAGAAUCCUUUAAAAAAUAAAGAAUUAAAAAACGCACUGACGAUCAAGUCCUCGUGCAGUCGCGAUGGCAACGUUUACUGAGGGCGGCGCACUUCCGGGAUCAGCCACCUGACGAGCACGGGACGUGACGUCAUACAGGUGUUGAUGCGAGGCAGAAGUCCGUCGCAGAAGAAGCCGCGGGGGGUAAGAUCUAAAAUGAGGUUUGUGAUGUAGUUCAGGCGUUGCUCCGUUAGACUUGUUUAUCUCUGCGAACAAACGGGCCGUGAACGCAUCACCGUUUAUUUUAAACAUCACUCGGGUUUGUUUCGGAGCUCAACUCUUCUCACCUGCUCAUGGAGACGGCAGGAGGUCAGCGGGGGCGGGGCGGCGGCGGUAAGAGGGGCUCCCCCCUCGACCUCAUCCUGAACCAGAUCCGCAGGAAGCGCGCGGCGUCGGACAGGAAGCCGCUGGGACGCUUCCUGUCCCGGGACCGGAUCCCCGAGGCCGCGGAGGAGACGAGACCGGCCCCAGGCACGGCCGAGGCGGCCGGGGGCGAGCGGGACGGCGGGUGGGGUCGAGUGUGCGCCUUCCUGCAGAAGUUGGGGAAGAAGGCCGACAGCCGCAGCCUGCGUCUGUCCCACUGUGACCUCACGGCCACCGACCUGCUGGAGUUAGCGACGUUGCUCCGCCUCCUGCCCCGGCUGGAGGAGCUGGACGUCUCCUGGAACGAGCUGAUUGGUGGAUGCCUGGCAGCGUUGACCUCUCACCUCCAGCAGGUGGGCGGGGUCAGAGCGCUGAGGCUGUGCAGCUGCAGGCUGACCGCCGCCGACGUGGCGGCGCUGGGCGAGGCCCUCGGCUCCGUCCCUCUCCUGGAGGUGCUGGAUUUGUCCUGGAACAGCGGCGUCGGCGGCGUCGCUUUGCAAUGCCUGCUGGGUAAACUCCCCCCUCCGCUGAGGGAGCUCCACCUGGUGGCCUGUCGGCUCACUGCGGCCGACGCCACGGCACUGGCAGGGAUGGUGUCUGCUGCCCCCGGCCUCUGCGUGCUGGACCUCUCCUGUAACCCUCAGCUCGCACAGGAAGUGGACGCCGGCGGCUUCAUGGCGCUCGCCUCCCGUCUCCCCCACGCCGCCGCGCUCGCCACGCUCCGCCUGCAGGACUGCGGCCUGAGGCCGGGCGACCUGGAGGCUCUCGGUGGUUCGCUCCAUCAUCUCCCCUCAUUGCGAGAGUUGGACCUGUCCUGUAACAAGAGUCUGGCUGGAGGCCUGGACGCCCUCGCGCCCCACCUGGCUCACCUCACACACCUGGAGAGCCUCGACCUCCACCAGUGCCGGCUCACACACUCCGAUCUGGAGGCCCUGAUCCAGGUGCUUCCCUGUCUGGUGGGGCUGACCCAGCUUGAUGUGUCAUCCAAUCAGGAGGCAGGGGGCGUGGCUGACCGGCUGGUCGCCGCCCUCCCGCUGCCACAGAUGAGGCGGCUGCCGCUCAACAGCUGCAGCCUGAACCGGGACUCCUUCACUGCUCUGGCUCUGGCCGUGCCCUGCCUGCUCAGCGUGGACGUGUCCUGGUGCAAAGUGGUCGGCGGGCGUUUGGCUCUGCUGCUCGACGCUUUGCAGCCGUCUGUCGUCCUGGAGCUCCGCCUCAGCAGCUGUGACCUCACCACUGAGGACCUGCGUCACCUGGGUGCCGCGUGCCGACGUGGCGUCCUGUCCUCCCUGCGCGCGUUGGACGUGUCCUACAAUGGCUCCGUGGGCGAGGACGGCUGGUCCGCCCUGUUGGCGGCGGGGGGCCUGGCCUCGCUGCGGGACGUCGACCUCAGCCUGCGACCUUUGACCUCUGCCCCCUGCUCGGCCUGGCUGCCGGCGCUCCUCCGCGCGCUGCCCGGCCUCCCGGCGCUGAACCGCCUGGCGGCACAGCGCUGGACCGCCGGCCCCCGGGACAGAGAGCAGCUGACCCACAGCCUGAGGAAGAGGGGCGUCCUGCUGGAGUGGGACGCGACGACGUCAUCCGAGGCGACCAAUCGGGAGAGUCCGGAGGAGUAGAGGAACGUCACCGAUGAGGAUCAAUGGAAUUACAAGAUGUUGUUAUUAGUAGUCAUUUGUUUAUUGAACAGUUCCAUGUAAAACAACACUGAGAGGUGCUUUAAAGUACUAUUAAGAAAAGGCUAAAUAAAAAGCAUCUCACACAGUGAUGAUGUCAUCAUGUCA